UAAUUAUUUUAGUCUUGACUCAGACGUUGACUUCACAUAUGACAUGUGAGUUCUGCAUUGUUAAUGUGUAUUGCCUGCCAAAUAGAAGAAAAAUUAUUUUGCAGCCAUGGAUGUUAGUAUCACUUUUAUUAACAAGAAUCUACGGUUCGUGCUUUACGUUGCCUUCUUCACAUGGCUGUUUUUAAGUUCCAAUAUCUCUAUGGCUGCUGAUAAAAUCUCUAUGGACCAAUCUCUCUCAGGUGACCAAACCAUUUCCUCUGAAGGAGGGACAUUCAUUCUGGGAUUCUUUAAGCCAGGUAACUCCUCAAACAACUACAUCGGCAUUUGGUAUAAUAGAAUCUCUGUAAAGACCAUAGUUUGGGUUGCAAAUCGGGAAAAACCAGUUGUUGAUAGAUCCUCAGCUGAAUUAAGAAUAUCAAAUGGUAAUCUGGUUCUGUUUGAUGAAUCAAAUAUCAUGCUUUGGUCAACAAAUUUGCUUCCUAGAAAUUCGAGUUCUGUAGAGGCAGUACUUCUUGAUGAAGGAAACCUUGUGUUGAGAGAUGGAUCUAAUUCAGAUCCAUUAUGGCAGAGUUUUGAUAAUCCAACUGAUACAUUUUUGCCGGGUGCUAGGAUUGGAAUAAACAAAAUCACUGGAACUAGUGCACGCCUUACUUCAUGGAAAAACAAAAAUGAUCCUGCACCUGGUUUAUUCUCUGUUGAGCUAGAUCCAAAUGGAACUAGUCAAUUUUAUAUCUUGUGGAAUAGGAAUGUAAUGUGGUCUAGUGGUAAUUGGAAUGGAAAAAUUUUCAGUUUAAUUCCUGAAAUGAGGUUGAACUAUAUCUAUAAUUUUAGUUAUUAUAGCAAUGAAAACGAAAGCUAUUUCACCUAUUCUUUGUAUAAUACUUCCAUCGUAUCUCGAUGUGUGAUCGAUGUUGGAGGGCAGAUUCAGCAAAUGUCAUGGUUAGCUGCUGCCAAGCAAUGGAACUUGUUUUGGGCUCAACCAAGGAGGCAAUCUGACAUUUAUGGAUACUGUGGUGCAUAUGCAAGCUACACUGAAACAUCCCCGCCUUUAUUAUGUCAUUGUUUGGCAGGUUUUCGUCCAAAAUCAUUAGAUGAGUGGAAUUCAGGGGUUUAUAAUGCAGGUUGUGAAAGGAAAGCAAGUUUGCAAUGUGAGAAUUCUAAUGGGAAGAAUGACAGGUUUUUGCCAAGUCAAAGCAUGCAAUUGCCAGGAAAAACAACAGUAAUACAAGUGGGAAAUGCACAAGAAUGUGAAUCUACUUGCUUGAAUAACUGUGCUUGCACUGCUUAUGCUUAUUAUAAUAGUACCUGUUCUAUUUGGUUUGGAGAUCUCUUGAAUGUACAACAAAUUGCUGAUUAUAUCCCCCAUGGAGAAACUCUCUAUAUUAAGCUUGCUGCUUCUGAGUUCUCAAGUUCUAACAAUAUUAAAAAAAUAGUUAUUGGUGUAGUUGUGGGUUCAAUAAUUAUAUUUAUUGUUCUUGGCUUGGUUCUCUCGAUAAUCUUGAGAAGGAAAAGGGCAACAAAAAUGGAGAAGGUAUCAGGAACUAUAUAUGAGAUCAACAAAAGUAUUGCAGCUGAAGGAAAAAGCAAUCCGCAUCUGGUUUUAUUCAGCUUUAGAAGUAUAUUAACAGCUACAAAUAACUUUUCUGAAGCAAAUAAACUGGGAGAGGGUGGAUUUGGACCUGUCUAUAAGGGAAAUGAACCCGGUGAUAAAGAAAUAGCCAUAAAAAGGCUUUCAAGAAAAUCUGGACAAGGACUCGAGGAAUUCAUGAAUGAGUUGAAGCUGAUAGCCAAUCUCCAACAUAAAUAUCUUAUUAGGCUUUUGGGUUACUGUGUUGAAAAGGAGGAAAAGAUACUGAUAUACGAGUACAUGCCCAAUCGAAGUUUGGACAAAUUUCUUUUUGAUCCAUCUGAAAAAGGACAACUGCUCUGGGAUAAACGCUUCAAGAUUGCAGAAGGUGUAGCUCAAGGACUUCUUUAUAUCCACAAGUUUUCUAGAUUGAAAGUCAUUCACAGGGACCUAAAAGCAAGCAAUAUUUUGUUGGAUGAAGCAAUGAAUCCCAAAAUUUCAGACUUUGGAAUGGCGAGGAUUUUUGGCGGGAAUCAAACAGAAGCAAAUACCAACCGGGUCAUGGGUACCUAUGGCUACAUGUCUCCUGAAUAUGCAUUUUCUGGGCAAUUUUCAGAGAAAUCAGAUGUAUUUAGCUUUGGUGUGCUCUUGUUGGAGAUAGUUAGCGGAAUGAGGAACACAAGCUUCCAUCGCAGUGGACUCUCUUUAACCCUUCUCAGUUGGGCAUGGGAACUGUGGAAGGAAGGUAAAGAGGCAGAGCUGAUAGAUUCAUCAGUAAAAGAAACAUGCUGCUCUAAAGAAGCUGUGAAGUGCAUACAUGUGGGGCUAUUGUGUGUUCAAGAGGAUCCGAUUGAUAGGCCAACAAUGUCUUUGGUGGUGUUUAUGUUGAGCAGUGAUUCUCAAGUUCUUCCAUCACCUAAAGAACCAGCUUUUCGCACUCGCAGAACUGAUGAUCGUUCUCCUCAAAGGCCUAAGGAAUGUUCAAACAAUGAACUGACUAUUAGCUUCCCUAAAGGUCGAUAAAAGUUGCUCAAAUCUCAACUUGACAAACAACUUGUAGUCUUGUAGACUAAAAAAAAGCCCUUCACUGUUUACAUUUGUUUAAGUACUUUUGCAACUGGAAAAGUGUAUCUUUCAAAAUGUUUUUACUUUUUGCUCCUAGAAUAAGUAUUUUAAAUUGUUCAUUAAAAUGGAACUAAGAAUAAGGAUUAAUGCGA